CCAUGAUAUCAUCUUGAACUCGACCUCGUCAAGCGCCCCAUACACCUUCAAAGUCUACAAAACCACUGACGUAUCCAUUGACAGAAAAAAAUCGAGCUCCGAAAUGCCAUCCAUGACCGGCACAUCAACCGGAUCGCCGGCACCUACAGCGACUCACGUCGAGAGAUCCAUCGAUCCUACGCUCUUUGCCGGCAAGGUCUUUCACAUCGCACCGGGUCUAUUCAAGGAGUAUGAAGACAAGCUAAAGGCUGAUAUCAAGCUCGCUGGAGGGUCUCACACCGAUUCCAUGUGGGAAAGCAACUAUGUCUUGCACAAUCCUCCAUCUAGCCACAAGAAAUGGCACCAGGAUAUCACGAACCGAAAGAGUAGAGCAGGAGAACCGGGUUCCGCACUGCUCAUCCCUACCAUCCGUCCUUAUCACUGGUUCUACACGUGCAUUCAUGCUCGACCUGCCCGGAUCUUCGAUACCACCGAGCCAGAAUACUGCUCUCGCCCGAUUCUCGUACAGUACGAGAAACACUUCGAUCACAACGGACGGCAACUGGAGAUCACACGGCCGGUCAAGAUCUAUUGUACCGUCAACAUGCACAUCUCGCCCGGCGAAUCUUCGUGUGCAGAGGCGUUGGAGAACGUCGUAGCGAGGUUGGAGGCCAACGGAGGUUGGCGAUCGCCCAAACGGGGAACCGCAGACGUCCUCAUCUUGAAUAAAGAUUUCGAGUCGGGCAAGAAGUUUGCGAGAGAGGCGAAGCCCGAGCAGACGGUCGAACACAGGCACUGGUUGGAUAAUUUGAUCGACAAGAAGGCCUCGUAUGUUCGAGGGCAACCGACGGCUGGAAUCAAGAAGAAAACCAACGUCCAGGUGGUAGCCGAACAGCCUGAAGCUAGCGGGAGUGGAAACGGGGCUGCGGAUAAAGUGCCGAAAGCGUCUGGAUCGGCGGCAGGAGACAAGUUAUGGAUACAAAAACCCUCGGUCCCGUUCAAAGGGUCUGGAGGUCGGACGGAGUUCACGAUGGAAGACGAAGACAAGAUCUUGAGGUGGUUGAUGUACCAUCAUCCGGAAAAGACGAAUUGGAAGUCGCGGAGCAUUUACCAGGAACUGUGCGACCGCUCCAACAAGAAACAUCUCGAGUGGGCCGACCGACAUACCCCGCAAUCGUGGCACGAACGCGUUCGGAAGCGCUUCGCUGCAUUCUCUGCCCGGAGCGCGCAAUACGCUGGCAAAAAUGUCGGGUUGGACAGGCAACUUCGGACGAGGGCUGAGAGAGCGGCGAGUGCAGGGACUGGCGGGACUGGCGGGGAAAGGGUUGAGGAGGGGAGGGAGGAAUAUGUACGAUCUUGGAUGCAGGACAAGGACAAGGAAAUGGGUGAAUCGGAUGGAGGGGUGGACAGGAGUACCGCCAAGGGGAAAGACAAGGGCAAGGACAAGGCGGAAGGGAAGGGGAAAUCGGUGAUGAACGAGGAUCAAGAUCAGGAUGAUACCGAUAGUUUCGCUGUGAGUGAGGAUGCGACGGUGAAUGGCAAGAGGAAACGGACCGAUACGGUGAUAAUGGAACAGCCCGAAGGGGUCGGGGCGGGACCGACGCAGAAGAGGACCAAGCAGACCAGCGCUGCAGUCGAUGAUGAUAGGGGGGUACCAGCACCUCGGCCGAUCGUUGCUCCUGAGGUACCAUAUCAAACCGAUGUGGUUACGAUCGAGAAGACCCAAGUCGUCAACAGUGAUAUUGCCAUGGACCCCGAAUUACGACCAGCCGAAGGACUUAUCGGAGCUGUCGCACAAGGUGGACCCUCCGUCCCAGCGGAAGCGGAAGAGAGCUUUGUCACCGCUACCGGGGAUGAGGACCAUCGCGCGGACAUCGUGGAUCAGGCCGUGACCUACACUACCACUGUCCUCAAUAACAACGGCCAUGACAACGAUCAAGGCAAGGGAAAGGCACGCGCAGUGUCCGAAGCGCAAGACCAAGAGAUGGCGAUCGAGACGGCUCGUAUCGUGAUUGAUGCCGUGGCUACCGCGUUCGAAGAAAACUUCGAGGCGGACGGAGCUAUGUCUGCGUCUACACAACAUUCCGUAGCGGAGUUGGAUGGAAUGGAAUCCUUUGAUCUCGACGACGAGAACGUGGCUGUCAAUUGGAAGGAACAAUUCAGAAAGAUGCCACUGGUUACAAAGGUUGGGCCGGAAGAGCGGGUAGCGGGAAAGACCAAGGACAAGCGGCUGUCCACGCUGAGUGAGAGGCAGGUGAAUGAGAUGGUUUUAGACGAGGAGGAAGAGUCUUCGAUUAGGUCUCAGGCUCAAGUCGACCCCGCUGUCGCUCGAGCACCGACUCUGGAACCAGCGACGGUAUCUUCCGAACAGACGGAACAGCAAGUUGCUCCUGCUCCGCCGACCGUCGAGCCAUCCACAGUUCCCCCUGCUGUAGCCACCCCUCGGCUCGCUUCUACCAUGACGGGCAACAACCCCGAUCCCCGCCGCAGAGCCACGAGUACGGUCUCGAAGUCUCGUCGCCCUGUGCAAACGCCCGAGCGGGCCGCGCAUAUCAUCACACAAACAACCGCCAAAUUCGGUUGCGAUGUCAGAACGGUCAUCAACGCCAUGCAGCACGUACUCAAGCGGGAUCCCCAGAAGAGUAUCCCGCUCAAGGAACUAUGGAGGGUCAUGGCCGAGGAUCAGAAGGACGGAUUCAAGGUGUUCGGUGCGAAGAGUUGAACGACGCUCGAGGCGGAGUCGGAGAUGGUCUGAGCGAGAGGGCCAGAGAAGAUCGGGCCGGAUGCGCGAUUCGCGAUUGUAUUGACGCGGCGAGUUGUAUGAUCGCUUUACACCCCUUCUAUUUAUCUCAACGAGAAGUGUCUUUUUAUGACAUGGACAAAGUAGUGUCGCUUACAAUGACAGAAUCGGUAAGCAUGAAAGGCGCUAUGAGAGAUCAAUCCUCCUUAGCUUGCCAGACCUCGAGCCGAUCAUGUCCUCUGAGUUAAUCUAGUUACUGUUAUAGUGAACCAGGUAGCGUUCGCUCCGACGUCGGGUUGAAUGAACCGACUUCUUUUGGCCCCGAAAUGAAGACGAGCUGCUUCGUGUACUGAAUACACUAUCCAAAGUCUGGUUAGCUGAU